UCCAGUACAUUACAGCCGAUUAAGGAAAUGAGAAUGGCGCAGUAUUUUAUUCUUGGGCUCUGUCUCCUUUUACAAUUAGAUUCAACGCGCUCUUUGCGAGCGAGUACGGUUCGUGAACUGAGCGGAUUGUAUUCGAAUACGAAGCACUACUCAUCAUCGCUGAAUGCUGGCACGGACGCCACCGUACUUCCCAAAAUCUCUCCAGCAUGUCAGAAAGCCUUAUCUGGUAUCCGCAAGCAAGGGUUGACUGGAAAAUAUAUUGAUGCAACGGGGAGACCAAACAGUGGUCUUACCCUGGGUAACCUGGUAUGGCUUGGGUCUUAUGCAAGAUGCAAAACUAUUCCUGGAGCACACUACUGCCUAGCCCCAAGUGUCACUUUCACAAUAAAUUCUGGAGGAAAUAUUACAAAAAUCCCGUAUGUCUCCUGGGGCCUUUGUGUUCCGUCUGCCUGUACUGAGGAGGAUAUUGCCUUGGGUAUUGGCAUCAUUACCAAAGUUGUGUCACAAUAUCUGCCCCAUCUGCCCAAUUUCCCUACAGGGAACAUCACCUUGGAUGGUGUAUUCUGUGCUCACAAAUCCAAGUGGACUACUGGAGCCAUAAUAACUCUUGUACUCUGCGUUAUCAUAGCAGCCUUGUGUUUGGUGGGGACUUUGGUUGACAUGUUUGUGGUGCAGCAGGUGUGGAAAUUUUGGGUCACAUCUACAGAAUACAACAGAGAUAGAGUUGGUGGCUCAAAUGAAGAUGAAUUCUUGCCCAAUGGGUUAUCCCACAACCUGAAAGCAGAAGAAGCACCAUUACUCAGUUCUUAUGGCUCAUCUAGCCCUGGGUCAAGUACUCCCAAUAUUCAGAUUAGACAACCUUUAAAAAUUGAAGAUAGAGGAUUUGUGGUCAGUUUCCUGGUUUGUUUCUCAAUAAUACGGAACACUACAAAGAUAAUGAACUGUUCUGUGCCAGCUGGGACUAUUUCAGCCAUCAAUGGAAUACGAGUACUUAGCAUGUGGUGGGUCAUAAUGGGCCACACCUACCUAUGGCUUAUAAUUUACAGAACACUAAAUGAUUUGGCCCUAGCAUUCAACAUUUCUCACAGGUUUUCCUUCCAAGCUGUAAAUAAUGCUUUCUUCUCUGUUGACAGUUUUUUCGUUCUGAGUGGGGUGCUCGUGGCUUACGUUUCCUUUCGACGCAUGGACAAGAAUGAGGGGAGAUUGCCAUUAUUUCAAUUUUAUUUUCACCGAUUUUGGAGGUUAACCCCGGCUUACAUGUUCGUCAUUUUGUUUUAUGCCAAUCUCACUCCAUUUCUUGGCGAGGGACCACUUUGGUAUGGGAACCAAAAACAAACACCGUGUCAUGAUUACUGGUGGACAAAUCUUUUGUACAUCAACAAUUUCUAUCCUAAAACCUUAGUUAAGGAGUGUCUGGGUUGGUCGUGGUACCUUGCUAACGACAUGCAGUUUUAUGUGAUAAGUCCAAUUUUGAUCUACAUCAUCUACAGAUUUCAGUUCCGAGGGCUUGCCAUAGGCUUGGGUAGUCUUCUGCAAGCAAGUUUAGUGGUCACUGCUGUGAUCAUUGGAGUUUACAACACGGAUGUACUUGAAUCUGGUGAGAUUCAACAAGGGUUUAAAAAGGAGCCAGGCAGAGGUAGCUAUACUGACCUUGUUUAUGUAAAGCCGUAUUGCCGGAUCGCACCUUACCUCGUGGGCAUUGCCCUGGGCUACCUGAUUCAUAUUGAAAAAAAGAAUCCGGGAAAAAACCCGUUGAGCAAGAUUCCAAGACAGGUAGAGUGCCUUGUUGGUUGGUUUCUCAGUAUUGCACUGGGUGUUUCAGCUGUAUACGGUGUGUAUACAUCUUACAAAGAAGACGGCCGGCCUUUCAACAAGGCUGAGAAUAUAAUUUACGGCACCUUCAGUCGCUUUGUUUGGGGUCUGGCCCUCGCUUGGGUUAUCUAUGCGUGUAACAAGGGUUAUGGAAGUUUGGUGAACAAGUUUCUGUCAGCAUCGUUCUGGAUUCCCCUAAGCCGCUUGACUUACAGUGCGUACCUUCUUCAUCCAAUCGUUCUCAUCGUUUACUUUGGGUCUUUCCAACACACCACGGAGUACAGCGAUAAAAAUUUCGCAUUUUAUUAUGUUGCUGUGAUAGUCAUGUCGUAUGCAGCAGCUUUCAUUCUCGCCAUCGGCGUGGAAUUUCCCACAAUGCAGUUAGAAACAGUGUUGUUCUUCCGACGCAUGAAGUCACGGGACUGACACGAGCUACUGGCAACCAACCGUGUUUGAGGAACGUGGAUGUAUAGAUGGUGUAUUGGACGUUAUCUUUUCAUGUGAUCGGGGUUCUAGGAACUU